CCAAAAUACCAAUCCUCAAUUCUUAACAUAAAAUCUCCCAACUCAAACAGACACAAUCAAUACCUACCCUACUAUCUAAAGUAAAACCGCCAUCAUGUCCAUGACCUCCACCGACUGCGCCGUCACCCGCGACGGCUUCCCCCGCCCCACACCAAACACACCAACCAAUGUCCUCGAGCAACUUUCUCUAAAGGGAAAAACGAUCGUUAUCACCGGCGCGGCUGACGGAAUUGGAUAUGCAGUCGCCGAGGCCAUGGCUGAGGCUGGGGGAGAUGUCGCGUUGUGGUAUAAUUCGAAUGAUGCUGCGGUUGCAAAGGCGAAGUACUUGGGUGAGACGCAUGGGGUUAGGGCGGUUGCUUAUAAGGUUGAUGUAUCGAACUACGAUAACGUCCAGCAAACGAUGAACGCUGUAGUCAAUGACUUCGGAAAGAUUGAUACUUUCAUCGCGAAUGCCGGAAUGGCUAUCUCCAAGCCCCUUCUUGAGCAGACUCUCGACGAGUACCGGAAGCAGAUGUCCGUCAACGUCGACGGCGUCCUCUAUUGCGCUAAAGCCGCCGGCACCAUCUUCUCCGCCCAAAACUCCGGCAACCUAAUAAUAACCUCCUCCAUGUCCGCACACAUCGUCAACGUCCCCGUCGACCAACCUGUCUACAAUGCCACAAAAGCAUUCAUAACGCACCUCGGAAAGUCUCUCGCCCGCGAAUGGCGCGAGUUCGCGCGCGUAAAUAUCGUCUCCCCUGGUUUCUUUGAGACGAAGAUGGGGGCUAGCCCGCAGACGGUGCAGGAGGCAUAUCGGAUGGCUGCGCUGGGGCGACAGGGUGAUGUUAAGGAGAUCAAGGGGUUGUAUUUGUAUUUGGCGAGUGGGGCGAGUUCGUAUAUGACGGGGAGUGACGUGGUUAUUGAUGGGGGUUAUACGUUGCCGUAGGACUGUGGGCGGAGCGAGCAAUAGGAAUUAUAUUUCGAUGUUGAUAUUCAUGCAGCUCAAGAAUCUUUCAACCUUUUGAUGUAGUUUUUCUUCUCAACAACCCGUUGUAGAUAUUUACAAUUAGAUUCUUCAUCCGGGCCCC